AUGGAUCCAAGAAUCCGGAGAUUUGCUAGUUCUGCGAAUGGAAAUGGAAUUAAAUUCGGGAAUCAAAGCAUUACUGCGAAAGCCUUAGAUAAUCCCCCCAGGUUUGAAAAUGCAUGUUCGGUUUAUGAUCCGGUCAAUGGGAAUCUGGAUUCGGUUUCUGUCUAUGAUCACAACUUUAGGGGUAUACAAUUUGAUCGCAACUUUAGAGGUAUACAAUUUGAUCCACCAACCAGUUCGUCGCUGGUUGUUAGUGCUGAUGAGCUUCAUGAAGAUUGUGAUCUAUCGGAUGCAAUUUUGGGGUAUAUUAGUCAGGUGCUUAUGGAAGAAGAUAUGGAGGACAAGUCUUGUAUGCUUUAUGAGUCUUUAGACCUUCAAGCUGCGGAGAAGUCCUUCUAUGAUGUUCUUGGCAAGAAGUAUCCUCCAUCACCGUCCUAUGAUGAAGGUUUGCUUUCUGUUGAUCGAUAUAUAGAGAGCCCAAGUGAUUAUUCCUCAUUAGAUCAGAAUACAUAUGUUGGUGAAUUCACUAAUGGUAGUGGUUAUUUACAUCAUGAGUCAAAUCUACAAAGUCUUGGAGCCAAUGACGUAUCAUGUAGGUCAGUAAGUUCAUCAAACAGUGGAAAUAAUGUAAUUGAUGGGUUUAUUGAUUCUCCGGCAAGAACUUUUCAGGCGCCUGAGAUUUGUGACGAGAAUCAAAUGAUGCUCAAGUUUAAUAAGGGUGUAGAAGAAGCUAAUAAGUUUCUUCCCAGUGAUAACAAGCUGUUAGCUUCUUUUAAUGGAGGUGAAUCUUGGCCUAAAGUUGAGAAUAGUAAAGGUGGUGAACUGAUGGUCAUGGUGGAUGGAAGAAACUUGCAGACAUGGACAAGGGUGAGGAAAAGUCCUUGUGGGGAAGAUGAUAUAGGGGUGGAAGAGAGGAGUAUUAAGCAGGCAGCAAUCUAUCAGGAUUCUACUUUGAGGUCGAAAGAGAUUGAUUUGAUCCUUCUUUGUAGUCAGGGACAAGGUGAUGUAGCUUUACGGUCUCUGCGCUACACCUUGCAGAAGGAAACGAGCAAAGACAAACUAAAAGAUAAGGAACCAAAAUGCUUAACCAAGGGGAAAGGUAAAGGCAAAGGCCGAAGUAGGAAACAGAAAAACACAAAAGAAGUGAUAGAUUUGAGAACUCUUUUGAUCACUUGUGCACAGGCGAUUGCUGCUGACGAUCGAAGGAAUGCAAAUGAACUUCUGAAAAAGAUCAGGCAGCAUGCUUCUCCAUUUGGCGAUGGGAGUCAGAGGUUAGCUCACUGUUUUGCUGAUGGUCUUGAGGCACGUUUGGCUGGCACUGGUAGCCAAAUUUAUAGAGCACUAGUUAGCAAGAAAACAUCUGCUACUGAUUACAUUAAAGCAUACCAUCUGUAUAUUGCAUCCUCCCCUUUCAGAAAGAUUUCGAAUUUUGCCUCAAACAGGACAAUAAGAGAUAUGGCAGUGGCAGAGAAUGCCACCAGGAUACACAUCAUUGAUUUUGGUAUCCACUAUGGCUUUCAGUGGCCCACCUUCAUUCAACGUAUUUUAGAAAAGGAAGGUGGGCCACCGAGGAUUCGGUUAACAGGAAUUGAAUUUCCUCAACCUGGGUUCAGGCCAGCUGAAAGAAUUGAAGAGACUGGUCUGCGGUUAAAGGAGUAUGCUAGCCAUUUCAAUGUGCCAUUUGAGUAUAAUCCUAUUGCAAAGAGAUGGGAAGAUGUGAGUGUUGAGGAUCUUAAGAUUGAUGAAGGUGAGUUUUUAGUGGUCAACUGUAUGUAUCGAUCAAAAAACUUGCUUGAUGAGACUGUUGGGGUGGACAGCGCCAGAAACGUGGUUCUUGACCUGAUAAAGAAGAUUAGCCCGGAUAUCUUCAUCCAUGGAAUUCUCAAUGGGUCUUAUAACGCCCCAUUUUUUGUCACCCGAUUCAGGGAAGCUCUCUUUCAUUUCUCAGCACUAUUUGAUAUGCUUGAAACAAAUGUACCCCGUGAGCGAUCUGAAAGGAUGCUGCUUGAGAGAGAACUCUUUGGAAGAGAAGCUCUGAAUGUUAUAGCCUGUGAGGGGUCGGAGAGGGUUGAAAGACCAGAGACAUACAAGCAGUGGCACGCUCGUAAUCUGAGAGCAGGGUUGGUUUCAUUUCCUUUUUCUCGUGAGAUUAUAAAAAUGGCAAGAGAGAAAGUGGGGUUAUAUCACAAGGAUUUCAUGAUAGAUGUAGACAACCAAUGGCUUCUACUCGGCUGGAAAGGACGGAUAAUUUAUGCCAUUUCUUGUUGGAAGGUCGAAUAAAGAAUUCAACCAAGUAUUUACUCCAUUUUCAAGUAAAUAUUUCAACGAGCAGCUGCUUUAACUCAUAACUUGAUCUGACUCACCAUAUAGGAGGUCGUAAGACGAUAUAGAAUUCUACACAGUAGAUUUUUGAACGUUUUUUAAAUUGUGAUAUGUGAUGAGCGUGCCUUGACUGAUACUUACCUUGCACAUAAUUUCUAGUGUGAAUCAUGAUUCAUUGUAACU